AUGUUACGCCGACUCAUCCCAGCAUUACCACGUCCCACCCAUCUUCACUACCGUCCAAUUGUAUAUAAACCGUUUCUCGGCAUCUCGACCGUCCAAUUCUCUACAAGCCAACCUCAAUUCCAACCUACAUCAAAGAAAAAGCAAACCAAAAUGGCAUCCGAAAGCAACGCCAACUUCAAGUUGGAGAAUCUCUUCAACGUCAAGGGCAAAGUGGCCCUCAUAACCGGCGGCGGCUCCGGCAUCGGCCUAAUGGCGACGCAAGCACUCGCCACCAACGGCGCCAAAGUAUACAUCACCGGACGAACCGAAGAAAAACUCACGCAAGUAGCAUCUCUGUACUCGCGCAACAUCCCCGGCGAAAUCAUCCCCCUAGUAUCCGACAUCACGUCGAAAGAAUCCAUCAGCAAGCUUGUCACGGACCUUUCGUCCCGCGAAGCCCACCUGGACAUCCUCAUCAACAACGCAGGCAUCUCCUCCUCGACAGACGACACGUCGCCCAACUCAGCCUCGGAAUUAAAGUCAACGCUCUUCGACGACGCCACGCCGUUUAGCGAAUGGGAAGACACGUACCGCACGAACGUCAUGCAGUUUUAUUUCACUACCACUGCGUUUUUGCCCUUAUUGCAAAAGGCCGCGGAGAAGGAAAAGGGGUGGAGUGGCACCGUGUUGAAUAUUACGUCGAUCUCGGGGAUCGUGAAGGUGUCGCAGCAUCAUUUCGCGUAUAAUGCGAGCAAGGCGGCGGCGAUUCAUUUGACGAAGAUGUUGGCGCAUGAGGUGGCGGAGAGUGGAUUGAGGAUUCGCGUGAAUAAUAUUGCUCCUGGGGUGUUUCCGAGUGAGAUGACGGCGGGGGAGAGUGAUGAGGGGCAGAAGAGUAGUUUGGAGAAGAGUAAAUAUGAGGGUAAAGUGCCGGCUGAUCGACCGGGUAAGGAUGAGGAUAUGGCUAGUGCGGUGUUGUUUGCGGUUACGAAUCAGUAUUUGAAUGGGCAGACGGUGGUUGUGGAUGGGGGGUAUGUGUUGAGGGCGGGGACUGUUUGAUUCUUCUUGUUGUGGGUAAUACUAUUGUUGUUGUUGUUGGUGAUAGUUAUAUAUGAUUGAGGUAUCCAAACAAC